AUGUACGGAAUUGGUGACCUGUCAUUCGCGCACUACACGACGGUCGAUGAGCAAGACGAGAACGAAGAAUUGAACGCGUUCAAUCAAAGCAGCUUGUUCAAUAUGACAUGUCCACCAUUGCGUUCAAAUCAAACUUUUGAUUUUAAUCAGUCGAUGCAGCGCGAGUCGAAAAUGAAAAAAUCUCAAGAUCCCAACAUUUCGACGACAUUGAACGAGUCCGUCAUGAAUGCUUUGGUCUCACACGAUCCGCGUGUAAUUCCCGACGAUCUUCGCGAGGUUAUUGUCAAGCAGAAAAGAAUAAGCAGCACUUACAAAACCGCAUUGUGCGAAUCGUAUCGUCGCACAAAAACGUGUCCGUACAAUGACACAUGCCGAUUUGCUCAUGGUGUCGAAGAGUUGAGAAUGCCGGGCAAUGCUCGCGGCAAAAACCAUCCGAAAUACAAGACAAUGUUGUGCGAGAAGUUCUCGACGACCGGCGAGUGCCGCUACGGCGCCCGAUGCCAAUUUAUUCACAAAAUCGCGAAUCCGGCGCUCGUCUAUUCGGCGAAUAAGCUCAUUGAGGACACGCUCUCGGAAAUGGAAAUUCCGCAACGCGCCGGCAACAACUCGAUGAUGUUGCGCAACGAGAUUGGCCGAGGUUUUGCGCGCGACUCCGGCCACCGCGACGCGGCCAUCAAUCGUUUCGUUCGCAGUUUUCACAGUGCGGUUCCGAUGCCGACGAAACCAGUGGAAUUCAAUUUUGAAUAA